CGGGACGAGGAGGCGCCGCGCCGCGGGGGAUCCUGGAGUCGGAGGGAGGUGGGGAUUCUGCGAGGGAGGCUCCAUUUCCUCCUCGCCCGCCGGCCUCUUCCCGCCGCCCCGGCACCCCAAGUCCCCGGGGCCGGCGCUGAGGGCGGCGGCGGCGCGGCGGGAACAUGCUGGGCAUGUACGUGCCGGACAGGUUCUCCCUGAAGUCCUCCCGCGUUCAGGACGGCAUGGGGCUCUACACGGCCCGCCGCGUGAGGAAGGGUGAAAAGUUUGGACCAUUUGCUGGAGAGAAGAGAAUGCCUGAAGAUUUGGAUGAAAAUAUGGAUUACAGGUUGAUGUGGGAGGUUCGGGGGAGUAAGGGAGAAGUCCUGUACAUUUUGGAUGCUACCAACCCGAGACACUCCAACUGGCUUCGCUUUGUUCACGAGGCACCAUCUCAGGAGCAGAAGAACCUGGCUGCCAUCCAAGAAGGAGAAAACAUCUUCUAUUUGGCAGUUGACGAUAUAGAAACAGAUACGGAGCUGCUGAUUGGCUGCCUGGACAGCGACAUGGAGGCCGAUGAGGAAGAACAGCAAGUUAUGACAGUGAUCAGUGAAGAGGAAGGUAAACUUUCUAAAGGACAAUCAACAGCUAGCAGAAAAGAUCGCUUUGGCUGUAAAGAGGACUAUGCCUGUCCCCAGUGUGAAUCGAGUUUUACCAGUGAGGAAAUUCUUGCCGAGCAUCUUCAGACAUUGCACCAGAAACCCACAGAGGAGAAAGAAUAUAAGUGCAAGAGCUGUGGGAAGAAAUUCCCAGUUAAGCAGGCUUUGCAAAGACAUGUUCUUCAGUGCUCAGCGAAAAGCAGUCUGAAGGAUUCCUCACGAAGUUUUCAGUGCUCUGUUUGCAAUUCUUCCUUCAGCUCAGCAUCGAGUUUUGAACAGCACCAGGAGACGUGCCAGGGAGAUGCCAGGUUUGUGUGUAAGGCGGACAGCUGUGGGAAGAGGCUGAAGAGCAAGGAAGCCCUGAGGAGACACCAGGAGAAUGUUCACACCGGGGAUCCUAAGAAAAAACUCAUAUGUACAGUGUGCAGUAAAAAGUGUUCUUCAGCCUCAAGCCUACAGGAACAUAGGAAGAUUCAUGAGAUAUUUGAUUGUCAAGAAUGUAUGAAGAAAUUCAUUUCAGCAAAUCAGCUAAAGCGUCAUAUGAUCACCCACUCAGAAAAACGACCCUAUAAUUGUGAGAUUUGUAAUAAAUCUUUCAAGAGGCUUGACCAAGUGGGUGCCCACAAAGUGAUACACAGUGAAGAUAAACCUUACAAGUGCAAGCUCUGUGGAAAGGGAUUUGCUCACAGAAAUGUUUACAAGAAUCACAAGAAGACCCACUCGGAGGAGAGGCCGUUCCAGUGUGAGGAGUGUAAAGCUCUCUUCCGGACUCCAUUUUCUUUGCAGAGACACCUGCUUAUACAUAACAGUGAGAGGACAUUCAAGUGUCAUCACUGUGAUGCUACCUUUAAAAGAAAGGACACCUUGAAUGUUCAUGUCCAGGUGGUCCACGAAAGACACAAGAAGUACAGAUGUGAGCUGUGUAAUAAGGCAUUUGUUACACCUUCAGUGCUUAGAAGUCAUAAGAAAACGCAUACAGGAGAAAAGGAGAAGAUCUGUCCAUAUUGUGGCCAGAAGUUUGCCAGCAGUGGAACGCUGAGAGUUCACAUCCGUAGCCACACAGGUGAGCGUCCCUAUCAGUGCCCUUACUGUGAGAAAGGAUUCAGUAAAAAUGACGGCUUGAAGAUGCACAUUCGUACUCACACCAGGGAGAAGCCGUACAAGUGCUCGGAGUGCGGCAAGGCCUUCAGCCAGAAGCGCGGCCUGGACGAGCACACGAGGACGCACACCGGGGAGAAGCCUUUCCAGUGCGACGUUUGUGACUUGGCUUUUAGCCUGAAGAAAAUGCUGAUCCGACACAAGAUGACUCAUAAUCCCAAUCGUCCGCUGGCAGAAUGCCAGUUUUGCCAUAAAAAGUUUACAAGGAAUGACUACCUCAAAGUGCACAUGGACAAUAUCCAUGGGGAGGCCGACAGCUAAUGGUAGCUGCAAAGGAAUUAAGCCAUUCAGAAGGGCUCCUAAUAGGAAACCCAGGUCUCUCACCUGAUCAGCGUAGCAGUUCACUCACUGGUCUCGCAAUUCUUAUUUGCCUACCUUUAGAGUCUGUACAUACAUAUGCAAAAAAAGACAAAAAACACUACUUUUAUUAAGAAAUAGUAAAAAUGGAAAACAAUAACUUUGUAACCUUCCAAAAUACUACUUUUGUUAUGCCUUAUAAAAAUGAAAAAGGAGCUGUGCCAUCUUCUUCUUGGCCAUCUCUCUAGUGAAGUUUAUUAACUUACUCUCUGUCAGGCUUUUUUGUAUGUGCUGGUUAUCACAAUUGGUUAUGACUGAUUUAAUCAGAAAGGAGUUAAGAUUUCCAAGAUAAUUUCAUUACAGAUAAGGAUAAGAGGUAAGAGUUUUCCAAGUCUCAAGCGUAGUAACAAUAUAAAACUUGCUAUUUGUGAAACAGGCCAAAAGUUGAUGGUCCUCCAUAGCUCCUUACAACAGAUGAGUUUAAAAUAAAUAGGUGUUUAAGAACUAAAACAUCUACUGAAAUUUUGCUCAUUUUAGACAUUUCUCAGGAAACAUUUCCUCAUCAUUCAGUUGCCGGCAUUCAUGAUCUAGAAUACUUGUAUCAACACAGAAGUGGCCAUAACACUUAAAUUUGUCCAGCUGAUUCUCCUGAGUUUAUACUCGCUAGCUUUAGAAGUUAACCACAGAUGGCUAACCGUGGAAACAACAUGGGCUCUCAAUGUCUGCUGGCUGACGGAGCAGCAGGUCGGUCGGUGCAUUAGGAUGCUGACCUGGCCCUUUACCCGCUCACCGCAUCAGAGAGCACAGAGCCUGUUCGUGCAGAUGCAACAGUCCUCAGAGCAUUUACAUUCUGUUUCUCAAGAGACAUUCUCCAGAAUUUUGGCAGUAGGUGAUUCUGAAACACUUUUGAAUUACUCUCAAUCCUUUAUAAUUAGGAAUCCAGAAUAAAACACACAACCCUGGCAGUUGUUAUGACUGAAAUGAUCACCGAUGUUUAAGGAAAAUUGAAGCAAGAAGCAUAAUUUCUUCCUUUAGGUCUUAUUUCAGUUCAAUACUUGAGAACAACAUACAAUGAACAGCUUGUCUUGGGAGAAGAUAUGAUAAAAUGUAAUAGUGUUGUUAAAGUAAUAUAGAAGAAUCCCAACCAGCAAAAACUUAAAAUGAAUCCCAAUUCAAGAACUUUUCUAUUUGGAGCCCAUUCAAAAGAAAGUAUAAUUUUCAGGAAGUUAUUUAAUUCUAAUCAUUUGCGGAAAAAGGUUAUCUGAAGACACAGUUCUCUGAAAUCAGGAAUCUUGUUUUAGAAUUAUAUUUAUGCUCAGUUCCAGUUCUAAAAAGAAAUAAUGAUUCAUUAUAGAUAUUUAAACUUUGUGAAAAUACUAAAUUUAAAAUUCACCAGAGGUAAUUUUUAAAAAUAUAAAUGCCUGGAUUAUAAUUUAGAAGAUGUCUGAGUAUGGCUAUAUGAAGCAUUUGUUCUGAAAUUAUAGACUGUAUUUUAUACAAAUAGAUUUUGGUCUUGUUUCUUGCUAUGUCAUUUGUUUCAGUAGUAUAUUUUUGGAUCUAAAGUAUCUUCAAUUUAACAUAACAGUGUGCUUAAUCUUGUUUGAAUAUAAAAGAACAGAUGUAAAAUUUAGGAAUGGGUAUUAUUUAAGCGUGUUCUGCGCAUUCCUUUGGGUGCUGCCUUCUCUCUGCGGGACGCUUCAUAGUUGUGUGAAACUUGAAGCCAGACCAACUGUGUAUCAUCUCAGUGACUCACAGUUUACAGGGCUGCUGAGGAAGUUACCCUGGAGACCGUGUUAUCAUGAUGCUGUGGAGAGAACAAAUGAGGACUGAAGUGCUGGAUGUGAUCUGGCCCAAGGUCUGCAGUCAAACAAGACUUCAGAAAAUGGCCUGCAGAGACCUACUAGUACACCAUCCUUUCUUUUUCAAAGCAUUGAAACCAAAACAGACCCUUAAAAGAUUAUUAUGCCAUCACCUUUUAUCCAAAAGAUGAUUAUUUAUAAAACACCUCAGAUAUGGUAGUGUUUGUGUCCUAGAACUUUAAAACCACUUAGCGAUAACAAAGAGAUAAGAAUUCAUUUAGUUUGAUUGAGAAGUUAAGAACAGAAAUAAGACAGUCAUGGGGGAAAAAUCAGGCAUGCAGGAGUGCAGGUGCUCACUCUAAAGAAUCUUCCUCUUAGGCUGCAGAGAGUUAUGGCUCCUGUAUGCUUGUGGGAAGAGGCCAAACUCCUACCCUGAAGUCAAGACUGAUGGUCAAAAGCUUUUAGUAAUAUGGGUAGGUUCAGAUAAACUUUUAUAGUCCCUAUCUUUGUAUAGUAACAUUUAACAUAUUUGUAUAUCUAGAAUUUUUUUUCUUCUUUUACAAUCACUGGCUUCUGUUUUCUUUUUUUUCCUUGCCUUUUUUAUUGGGGUUGUCAUUGGAGAUACAAAACAGUUUGUUAAUUAAUCAUCAUAUUUGCAGCAUAAAAGUAUUCAUUGGUGAUUCAUUUGGGGGGUUACACAGAAUAGUUAAAAUACUACUUUUAAGAAACAUUUUUAUAUGUUUUGUGCGUGUGUGUAUGCAGAGGAUCACUCUUAUGAGAGGCUUAUAUUGUACAUGCAAAUACAUUACUUUGUUCAAAACUCUUCAGACCUGUUGCAGCCAACAGGUGUGGAUGUGAAUCACAGAAAGUCUUAUAACGGUAGUUUGUGCAUUCGGUUUUUAUGGGCUGCUACUCCCCCAAAGCUGGAAGGGAGCGGGAGAGGCUAGGUACUGGAAAUACUAACUUUUUCCUUCACAAACUUAAAUGUUACUUGUGAAAACUUAUCUUGGGGUUGUAAAUAUAUGGAGAUGGACAGGUAGGAGGAAAUGUGCCUAUUUAAAACCCUAAAAUUUUAUCAUUAAUAAUGAGGUUUACUUGCAUGUACAUAUAUAAAUGCAGUAUUUGUGAAUAUAGUAGAACUUUAGUAGCAUUUUUAUUUUAUUAUAAAUCUAUGAUCUAUAUAAUCACUACCACAGCUGGUAGCAGCAUUGUGUUUUACAAUAGGACAGUUCUACAGUAAAAUCGAAAUGAACAUUUAAAGUUGUUUUUGAUGAAAGAAGAAAAUAUAAUUGUCAUUACUCCCAGACCUCCUGUUUUGCAGUUUUAUUUCUAAGCAUUUCUAGAUCUGGAAAAUCUCUCUAUAGUUAAGCCAAGUUGGUUUCAGGGUCACAGAGAGAACACCAUCUUAACUCUCAUCUCACUUUUGGUCAAAUGUAAACACCAUGUGAAAAGAAACAUUACUAAUGAUGAAAAACACUUGAUUUGUAAUAAUAUCUCUGAGCAUAAAUAUCCUGAUAAUCACAAAUAUAAUUUAAGAAUGAUUAAAGUUACGGCUGAUA